AACUACGAUCAAGAAGAAUGCAGAAUGAGGAUGUGAUAGAUUGGGGGGAUGAUAUAGACGAGAGUGCCGAUGUUAUAUCCCUCACUGGAUAUGAAGGCGAGGACAAUACGAACACAACUGAGAUUGCAGGGGAGAGUGCGAAAGCUACAACUUCUAAAUCAACGGCGACAGACAUUAACUUAAUAGCAUUUGAUGGCCCAAGGCUAGAUAAUAAAUGGAUAUUACGUAUAUCUAGCGUAGGAGAACCAUACUUUUACAACUCGAUUGAUAAGAUGUCGGUUUGGAGGUGUCCAGGUUUCACCCAGCCAGCGACAGAGAGUGCAGAGAAGAAGAGAAAACUACAGAGUCAACAGUCACUACAACGUGACGAUAGUGUAGCUUCUCAGAAAGCACCUCUGGAAGACAAACGGACGCAGCAGCAAGAGGCGCAAAAGGUGCAAAAGGUGCAGCAACCGCCACCUCAGAGACCUCAACCACAGACCCGACCUCAACCCGUUCAAGCACAAAAACAACCGAAGCAAACGUACCAAGUGGCUACAGAUAAAGAUCAACAUGAGCAGAGAAGUGAAGCAGGUCAGAGGUAUUACAGUAAUCGCAGUAGUAAUCCGAAUAGCAGGAGGCUACCAGAGAAACCUCAAACCUAUGGAGAGAAAUUGAGCAACAGAAUAUCGAAUAACCGAGCACAAGAUAAACAACCAGGAUAUUAUAAUCGUGGCUAUGCUCCAGAUAAUAGAAGGUAUCAACAAAGAAGGGCAGAUGAGGGGAGUGGCGGCUACUAUCAUAAUGACAACUAUGAUAGGGAAAAAGAGUUACGUCAACAAAUAAAGAAUGUGAAUAAAUGA